GUCACCAGGAAGAGACGUGGCAGACAGAAGUCAGACUGGGGCAGAAAGAAGAAAAAUAUCUCGGGGUGUAAAGGGCGAGGGGCACUGUGUGCGGGGUGUAAUGGGGGAGAGGAUACAGGGGAGCGUCCUACAGUAACACCGAGGAGAAGGAGGGGCGAGGACAACACGGAAGUGGGGCGUGAGUGACCCUGCAGUGUAAGGUGUCUCUGCCAUCAUGGGUCUCUGCAAAUGUCCCAAGAGAAAAGUGACCAAUCUGUUCUGCUUUGAGCAUCGGGUAAAUGUUUGUGAACAUUGUCUGGUGGCCAAUCAUCCAAAGUGCAUUGUUCAGUCGUACCUACAGUGGCUUCAGGACAGCGAUUAUAAUCCGAAUUGCAGCCUGUGUAACACUCUGCUGUCUGCUAAAGAGACUGCGCGCCUCGUGUGCUAUGACUUAUUCCACUGGUCCUGUUUGAAUGACCUGGCAUCACGGCUACCACCAAACACUGCGCCUGCUGGGUACCAAUGCCCGAGCUGUCAAGGACCCAUCUUUCCCCCUAGCAAUCUUGUCAGCCCAGUGGCCUCCACCCUGCGGGAGAAGCUCUCCACAGUUAACUGGGCAAGGGCUGGACUGGGCCUCCCUUUAAUCGAAGAGACUGCACCUGUAGAGACGGUUGCAGAACACGAUGUCACAGAUUACAGGGACUGGUCAAUUGUCAAUUCCUCAUCCUCUGAUCACAUGUCAGAAAGCUCAGAAGUACCACAACAGGACGGGUAUCUCUACGGUUCAGUACCCACCUCCACAGCUCAGCAUGGCUUAUCUGGCGCCAUGUCAAAGGACCACACUGUGAUGAUUGGAGAUGUAGGAGCUGAUAGUGUUAAUUUUAAUGCAGCCUCAACUCCUAGAAAGAUUUAUGACACUCGAGAUGUUGCUGCCUCACAAGACACAACGAUCGACUUUGAUGAUGACAAAUACAGGAGGAGACCCACUCUAAGUUGGUUGGCACGGAUACUCCGCAAUCGUACCGGUUCAAAGUCGCGGCCUGUUUCCACCAGACAGCGGUUUCUGGUUAUCCUAAUUAUUGGUGUAUUGGGCUUUCUGACUCUCAUUCUACUCAUGUCAAAAUGGGGCAGAGCAUCAGCUGACAAUGACCCAAACCUUAACCCAUUGUUUAACCCGAAUAUCCGAAUUGGGAAUGAGUAGAUCAUGCUGAAGCAUUCCAGGGGAAGAAGAAAGGAAUGAACAUUGUCCCCCACCGCAGAUUAGUGUUAUGACCUAAGAAAUCCCAGAGGUGGAGAAGCACAUUGCUGGGCUCGUUUGCCCAGUGGGAUGGCCUUAAGUCUCAUAACAGCUUUUACACUGUGCCCUUACAGUGUUUCGGCUUAGGAAAAGCAGAGACAUUAUCCAGCUGUAAUGGCUGUAGUGUGUUUUCUGCCCCGGGGCAAGAUUUGGGUAUAUGGAUGCAUUAGCUGGUACAUGAGCGAUGGGAUCCUGUUGUGCCUUUACAGGUGGCACAGCGACGCACAGUCUACAUCAAACAUCAUAAAGGUUGUUGCAUAUAUUCUUUGCUCCUUGGUUUAACUUAAGAAUAAUCCUUUUCUGUGUAAAUUGGAAAUAUCAGAUGUGGAGACUAGCCAAGAAAAUACCAUAAACUACAAGUGUGACUGUAACAUUCUGUAUACAGAUUUUUUUUUUUUUUUUUGUGAAUAUCUUAAUAUUUUCUCAUGUCUUUGGGUCAUACAAAGCUAUAAGCCAGUGUUGCAGAUUGGAUUGUGUAGCAACAGUUUUUAUUUUCUUAAAUUUACAGGCUUCAUACCUUCUGACUUAUGUGUGCAAAUUACACUAAUAGACAGUACAUCAUAAAGGAUCACUAAUCAACGUUGAUUAAAAUACACUUUAUGAUCGUUUAACAGGGUU